GAAAUGAUAGUUGACUGUCGUCUGACAAUUUCGUAAAAUUUCAUUGAUGGAAUUAUGGGCACAAAAAAAGUAAACAAAGAAUUUUUAACCGAUUUUGCAAAACUUGUCGAACAGACUUUGGUCCCGCGUUUUUCAAACGAUACUGUACGGCCAUGUGCAGAAGAGGAUUUUCAAGAAUACAGAAAAAUUUUGAUGAGAAAUUUGCAUUCUAUCGAAUCAACGCUAGAUGCUUUUGUGCAAAAUGAAAAUCAGUGGACCAAUGAAACAAAAGCAAACUUGCUCAAAGUUUUAAUAGUUAUUGGCGAGCAACAUUCUAAAAAUCCAUGGAACACAGACGAAAUUGUAAUGUUUUCACACAAACUGAUCCCCAAGAUUUGUAAGAUAUUUGACACUGUGAAUUUAACACAAAUACUUAAAGAUGAGAAUAUAUUCAUAUCAGCCAUUAUGUUUUUAAGAGCAAAAUUAAUGAAAGAUACAUGGAAGUCUUUCCCAGCCGCAGUUGUUUGCUACAAAUGGCUCUUGGAGCUGGUCGAACGUCCUUUGUUAAAAAGACAUGUGUCUGAAGUAUUACCCACAGCCUUGAUUAUCUUGGACGACUAUGUGCAAGAGAAUCAAAAGUUGGGACUAGAAUGCAUAAAUGUGAUCGUCCAACAUUGUCUUCAGAGUAGAGCUCUGAAAAAUUUGAACUACGACCAAGUUGUUUUUCAAGCAUUAGAAAGAAUGGCCCACAAAGCGGAGCCCAGUAUGAUCAUCCCUCUGUAUUCGUGUAUUUCUAAUUUAUUAGAAAGCAUGGAGUAUUGCGAGGACAGUAGCAACAGUUUUAGAUGGUCUAAAAGAGAUGAGAUUUCUAUCAUUCUCUUGAGUAACAUGGAGCUGCAGAGCAAUCCUCAGGCUCGUCAUGCCUAUGUAUCAAGUCUAAAAAAAGUAGUAGCUCGUGGUAAGUUUGCCGUAUGGUCUGAGAGGAUAUCUAUGAUUCUAGCUGAAUAUUGCGAAGAAAACACUGAUGUCCAAGUUACAAAUGCAUCACUUGAUUUUCUUGAAUUUUUUCUUGCAAAGUACCAGCCAAAGGGUCAGAAUUUCUACAUUACGAUGUAUGUGUCAUUAUUAAAGCUGAGAUACAGUCUUCAUUGGCUAACCGAAGAAAAGCUUACUGAGAAGGUUUUGCAUUGCAUCAACUUGUUGAAUGAAUUGUGUCCUUCGAUGAGUGAGGCAGUCAUGUCGAACAGCAGAAUAGCUGCAGCUAUGGUUCCAGUAUGAUGAACUUGAACACAUACACAUUUUUAUAUUGUUAAAAUUAUUUGUUAAUAAAAAAUAGUGAAGCGAAAAAA